AUGGAAGUUACAAAGUUGCUCUCACUUUGCAUUUUAAUCACUUUUCUUUGUGUCGACAUAGUCAACCUUAACAAUGGUGGUGUCGAUGCGUCUCACAAGGUUUUCCCACAGUUUCAGUCUCUAAAUGCGGUCAGCGUCCAGCAAAUCCACCGAACUGGCUAUCACUUUCAGCCUCCCAAGAACUGGAUCAACGAUCCGAAUGCCCCAAUGUACUACAAUGGAAUAUACCAUUUCUUCUACCAAUACAAUCCCAAAGGUGCAGUUUGGGGCAAUAUUGUUUGGGCCCAUUCAGUGUCAAAGGACAUGAUCAAUUGGGAAGCACUUGAACCAGCACUUUAUCCUUCUCAACACUUUGAUAUCAAUGGCUGUUGGUCUGGUUCAGCCACCGUUCUUCCUAGCAAUAAGCCCAUAAUUUUGUAUACAGGACUUGAUCCCAAAGAUAGGCAAAUCCAAAAUUAUGCAGUGCCAGCCAAUUUAUCUGAUCCAUAUCUGCGUAAAUGGAUUAAGCCUGGUAAUAACCCCGUGGUUGAUCCUGAGCAGGGCGUGAAUGCCAGUGCCUUUCGUGACCCAACCACUGCCUGGUGGUUAAAUGGGCAUUGGAGAAUGUUGGUGGGAAGCAAAAGGAACCAUAGAGGGAUGGCCUAUCUGUAUAGAAGUAGAGACUUCAUUUACUGGACUAAGGCUAAACACCCAUUGCAUUCAGCACCCCAUACCGGAAUGUGGGAAUGCCCUGAUUUUUAUCCAGUUUUAUUGUCUGGUAAAAAAGGUUUGGACCCAUCAGUCUUGGGAAAACAUGUUAAGCAUGUGUUGAAGGUGAGCUUGGAUGUUACCAGAUACGACUAUUAUACAGUUGGUACGUAUUUAAGUGAUAAGGAUAGAUAUGUGCCUGAUAUUACAUCAGUUGAUGGUUGGGCUGGCCUUAGAUAUGAUUAUGGAAAUUUCUAUGCUUCAAAGACAUUUUUUGAUCCUGCGAAAAAGAGGAGGAUUUUGUGGGGUUGGGUUAAUGAAUCUGAUACAACUGAAGAUGAUGUUAAAAAAGGAUGGGCUGGACUUCAGGCAAUUCCAAGAAUAGUGUGGCUUGAUCCUAAUCAAAGGCAAUUGAUGCAAUGGCCUAUUGAAGAGUUGGAGACUUUAAGAGGGAAAAAUGUCAAAAUGAGCCACCAACAGCUUAAAAAGGGCGAACAUAUUGAAGUCAAAGGAAUAACUGCUGCCCAGGCUGAUGUUGAUGUUACCUUCCACAUCCCUAACCUGGACAAAGCUGAGCCAUUUGAUCACAGUUGGACAGAUGCACAAGAGCUCUGUGUCAAAAAGGGAUCAAAAGUUAAAGGUGAAGUUGGUCCAUUUGGACUCUUGACAUUAGCUUCCAAAAACCUAGAAGAGUAUACUCCUGUCUCCUUCAGGGUAUUCCAAACGUCAAAGAAGCAUGUAGUUCUCUUAUGCUCUGAUGCAAGGAGUUCCUCUUUGAAGGAUGGGCUAUAUAAACCAUCAUUUGCUGGCUUUGUGGAUGUAGAUUUGGCGGAUAAGAAGCUUUCUCUAAGGAGUUUGAUUGAUCAUUCAGUUGUGGAAAGUUUCGGAGCUGGAGGGAAAACAUGCAUCACAUCUAGGGUUUAUCCUACGUUAGCAGUGCUUGACAAUGCUCACUUGUAUGCAUUCAAUCAUGGGACUGAGCCUAUCAAUGUAGAGAAUCUCAAUGCCUGGAGCAUGAAGAAACCUCGGAUGAACACCUGAAAGAGAUGGAUUGUGCUAAUAUGACUGCUUAGUUGUCUUGUUGUAACUUGUUCCCUAUGUUCAAUUUAAGUGCACCGAAUGAUUAAUAAGUUUUGCGCAUAAAAAUGUUUAGAGUUAUAAUGUUAAU